AUGAUUCAGAUGCCUAAAGUGAGGAAAGGUGUCCCGAGCCAAGGGUCGAGCGAGACACACGAUUUCAUCCCCACAGACCCCGCGUCAAGUGCCUACGUACCCACCACGCCGAAGAGCGUCAAGAGUGUGACCUUUGAGUGGUGUCAGGCCUGCCCCAUCUACACCAUCAAGGGCAACAGCGCCUGGCACAAGGGCGGUGGUGAGCUGCCGUACCGCCCUGUCAUUGGUGAUCUCGCGAUGCGGCCAAACACUGGCAAAUACUUCUUCUCCUACCGCAUCAACACCGACAACGCCCGCGUCGGCUUCUGCACCGGCUGCACUUACGCCAGCGAGGAAGAGCUGCAGAACGUAGAGUUCGGAAAGGCUGUUGCGCUGGACGCGGAGAUGAGUGGGUCGCUGCUGGAUCAGGGUCCGGCGCAGCCGAGCUUUCUGCAGACUAUCGGUGCCGUUCCUACUCCGCCUAGUAAGCGCUGGGAAGCUUACAUGGAUCUACAAACCUCUAAGGUGUUUGUGAACGGCGUCGAUACGCACAAGCUCUGGCGUCUUUUCGUGCCUGUCUGUGGCGGCAGCGUUUCCUUCGUAGUGGACACCGAUGCCGGCGCCGUGCAGAUGUUUAUGGACAACAAAUAUGUGGGUAUGAUGCUGGGCCCGCAGAGUGGGUUAAAGGGCAAGACCGUGUGCCCUUGUGUGGGCAUCUCCGGGUUCGACAUGGCCAAUCGCAGCAUCGGGAGUGGGUAUAUGGGUGCCUUUGUCGAGCCAGUCCAUCCGUUCGCCUGCCUCUACUAA